AUGACUUUUGUUCGCUCGUUAAUCUUUAGUCUCUCUACAGCUUUCUUCCUCUGCCAUCUCGUUUUCGCACAAAACUAUACAGCAGGCCCCGGACCUUGCCACCCGUACCCAGGCGCCGAUCCACACGACUGUCUUGCACUCAUUAGCGAGAAUCUCGACGAUGACCAUACCGUAGUGUCCUGCAUUAACAACCGCGCGACAAUAACUAAAGGGGCGUGCUCAAUUGUCACCACCUGCAACAGCACGAGUACGGGCGAGCCAAAUUCUCCAGAGGAUGUUGUUAUUCCGUAUGAUGCCGUACGCCGCGCUUUGGUUGCUAUUGGCUCGUGCGCGUUGAAAGAAUAUGGUUCUAUUUCGGGAUACUAUAUCACCGAGCAAGGAGUGAAGACGUGCUACCUUUAUCCUGGACGUGAAAGCUAUUGCCGACUAUAG